CUCCUUGACGCAGAGGACAAUGGCGGGCUCGCACAAAAGGUCGGCCAUGCACCUUCGCAUACUAAAGACUUGCUGGCCAGUCCCUCCCUCUCGUUCCCAACGUUCUCUGCGACUUGAUCGCGCCGACGGUCCCUCAUCUUUCCUUGCCUAUCCACAUAGACCUUCACGACGCUCACGAUGAAUUCCUUAUUUGCCAGCAACCGCAUCCUGCCUUCACUCAAGCGCCGCUCGAGAGUGCACAGCAAAUCAGAGACCCUUACUACACCGACGCGGGGUACGUCGCUCGAGAUUCUCCCUGAACUCGAGGAGGAGGAAGAAGCACAGGCAAGGCCAUCCUGCUCCUCGACGCACUCCGCUCCUGCCCACGCCCACAAGCGUAGCAACACCCCCAGCCAUCUCUGCAUCAAUGUCGGGGACGCCGCAGAGCGCAAGCGCAGCUCGCGCAGAGUCGUCCUCACCGGUGCUGAAGGCCUCACGUUCGAGGACUUCUUCCCUGCCUGCAGCGCACCUAAGCCUCCGCGCCCUGCGCCCGCUCCUCCCCUGUACGACGCCGAGGCCAGCCGCACGGCGAGCCCAAUGGGUGAGUCUCCGCUAGACAGCAUCGAUCUGCGAUUCUCUGGCCUGGGCAUCUCUCUCGACUUCCCCUCCCCGCCUCUGGAGCGUGUGAGCAUCAGCGCGUCCCCAUCUCAGUCUCCACUGGCCGCUCGCCGACGCGGGCACUCACCCACGCCCAGCGUGGCAAGCACGGUCACGUCUCACACCAGUUCGAGCUCGGGUUCCAGCGCGGGCUUCAGCUCGCCGCGUCUGAGGCGCGAACUGAUGACACCACCCACCUCUGACGACGACUCCCUCCCGGCGACACCCACGCGCCCACACCUGAUGCGUGCGCCGACGUGCAAGUCCCACCGUGCGUCGGUCCUCUUCGCCAAGUCAAUGCCGGACCUCAGCAAGUCUUCCGCGGAGUCGGACGGCGAGUCUGAUGUAGAGUCGGACGUGGAGUGGUACGCGCGCGACAUCAGCGAUGUCGUUACGCUGUCUACGCCGCUCCCGCCCUCGUUCCCCGCCGUCCUCGUUGCACCGACGAGCAAGGACCCGAAGGCACGCCCGGACUCGAUCAUGCCCCUCAAGCGCAGCCGUCUCAGCAAGCCCCUCCCAACAGUUCCCCGGCUAUCGAUCCAGACGGCGGACGCACCUGCGAAGACGAGCCCGAGCGCACAGCUGGACCCCACCUUCAUGCAGGCCCGCCGUCGUCGGUCCUUCCUCAUCCCGGACAGGCCCCCUCCGCCUCCCCCAAUCCGCAUAACACCCUGUGCUUCGUCCUCGUCUCCGCCGACCUCCUCGUCCCUUAGCCCGACUGCUUCGGAGAUGGAGGCGUGCACGGAGGAGCUGCUCGCAGAGCUCGCGAGCGCCGCGCUCAACAGCGGCUUCCUCGGUACGGGCUUCGCCGCGCCGCACACCCCGGGGCCAUGGAGCGCAGGCACGACCCCGACAACGCCCAGCAGCGCGUUCUUCGUGCCGCACUCCGCGUCGUCCUCACGACCUCUGCCGCGGAUGUCUCUCCCCACCGACAUCUGGGACGACCUCGCGGAGGACGAGGCCGCGCUGCCAGAGCUCGUCGUCGACGCCUCCGUGUCGCCCGAGCCCGCGACGCCGCAGAGCGUGUCCGUCUACUCCCAACCCAGCAACGGCCGCUCCGCAGGGUCCGCCUCGCCCGCGUCGUCUUUCUCGUUCGACGUCGACGUGUCCUUCGUCGACGGCAGCAGCACGCCCGUCGUGGACGCGGACCUCCCCGCCGCGCCCGACAGCCCCGGCUCCGACGCGCCGGCGUUCGAGCAGGAGCGCGUGCUGCGCUCGCGCUGGUCCUCGAGCACGCUCGGCUCGCAGGUGCAGGCGGAGCGCGAGGCGUUCGGGUGGAUCUCGCGCCUGACGCUCUCGCCGACGAAGAAGGCGUCUGCGGCGCGCAGGGCGCCGCCGAGCCCGUCGCCGAAGUCGCCCACGAAGACGAUGUCCGCGUUCGUGCUCCAGAGCCCGCGGUCGCCGACGCGGCCCGCGAACACGAAGCGGUACGGCUACGUCGACUCGCCUGCGAGUGGGCACGGAAACCAGCGUGGCCUGGAGCGCCGCGGGAGCAGCGUGUCGAGGAUGAGCGAGAGCAGCGCGGAUAGCGGGUGUUCGAGCCGGAGCGAGGGCUUGAGGAGGAAGCCGAUCCCGGUGGAGAUGUUCAUCCGGACGUAGACGUGCCGCUCGACUCACUGCAAACGACCGAAACGACCGCGCGAGCGACGAUGUCCCUUUCUCCUUGGUUCAAGAUCAGUAAACUGUAUCUCUAUCUCCCAGUCUGGCGUCCUCGCCCGACCGAGGUGCGCUGCCCACACCACCAUUGUAUUAUUUAUCGCCACUCCCUGUAGCAUUCGCAUUCGAGCAUGCCCCUCUGUCUUCUCAUCUCCUCUCCUCUCCUUCUCUACUCUCUGCAUGGAUUUGCUCGGAACAAUAGUACCCCGGGUCGCCGGAUUGAUACCGCGCCCGACAAUAAUACGGUCGUUUCUGCUGCUGUGCUCUACAUUUGUCUCCAUAGCUACACAAUCCCUGGAUAAUGCAUCGCUUUUUGUUACGACAUG